CACAUCUGCUGGGAGACAGCGGGACAUGGAUCUCCUCUUUUCCGCCGAGGAGAACGCGAGCGCGCUGCCCCACAACCGCUCCCUCAAUAAAUCCGCCGAGGCCAACCUGUUCGAGCAGCCCGCCUGGCAGGUCACCCUCUGGGCCGCCGCCUACUCCCUCAUCGUGGUGGUGGCCGUGGUGGGGAACAUCGUGGUGAUGUGGAUCAUCCUGGCCCACAAGCGCAUGAGGACGGUCACCAACUAUUUCCUGGUGAACCUGGCCUUCGCCGAAGCCUCCAUGGCGGCCUUUAACACCGUGGUCAACUUCACCUACGCCAUCCACAACGAGUGGUACUACGGGCUGGCCUACUGCAAGUUCCACAACUUCUUCCCCAUCGCCGCCGUCUUCGCCAGCAUCUACUCCAUGACCGCCAUCGCCGUGGACAGGUACAUGGCAAUUAUCCACCCACUGCAACCCAGGUUGUCAGCCACAGCCACCAAGGUGGUGGUGGGCGUUAUUUGGUUCCUGGCUUUAUUGCUGGCGUUCCCGCAGGGCUACUACGCGAUGACAGAAAAGGUUGUCAACAGGAUGGUGUGUCUGGUGGACUGGCCGGAGCACGACACCAAGGUGUACGAAAAAACGUAUCAAUUCUCCGUGACGGUGCUGAUCUACUUCCUGCCGCUCCUGGUGAUAGGAUGCGCCUACACGGUGGUUGGCAUCACUCUGUGGGCAAGUGAGAUACCCGGUGACUCUUCUGAUCGCUAUCAUGAGCAGGUGUCUGCCAAGCGAAAGGUUGUGAAGAUGAUGAUCAUUGUGGUGUGCACGUUCGCCGUCUGCUGGCUGCCCUACCACUUCUACUUCCUCCUGCAAUUUUUUAACCCAGAUUGGUACCUGGAGAAGUUUAUUCAACAGGUUUACUUGGCAGUCAUGUGGCUGGCCAUGAGUUCCACCAUGUAUAACCCAAUCAUCUACUGCUGCCUCAAUGACAGAUUCCGCAUUGGCUUUAAGCACGCUUUCCGGUGGUGCCCUUUCAUCAGUGCUAGUGAAUACGAAGGGCUGGAGAUGAAGUCUGCCAGGUACCUCCAGACGCAGAGCAGCAUGUACAAGAUCAGCCGGAUGGAGACGACGGUCUCCUCUGUCAUCGGCAACGCUGAGGAAGACCCCGAAGAGAACAACAAAAUGAAGCGCCUCUCUGUGGAUAUGACGUCCAACGGCUCCUCCCGCAGUGACUCUAAAACAGUGUCCGAGAGCUUCAGCUUCUAUUCCAACACACUCUCCUAAGCCGCCUUCCCACUGAGAGAGGGUCACAAAAUAUUGCUUAUUCCUGGGCCUCCCCCAACCCUUUCCCAGCCCCCACCCCGGUCUCCAUUCCAUGUGCCUGCCUUCACCUUUUCCUGGCGAAGAUGCUCUGGUUGUGACAGUCGUCCCCUCUCAACAGCGUGCCUGUCUUAUUACAUCGGUUAUUACAGUGUUAUUACAUUGGUUAAUAUCAGCAAUAUCUGGUCUCUCUAUGGUACCUUGCAGUCGUUUGCUGGGCUGAAUGCUUAACCGGUGCCGGCCAGUGAAACCAGAUCUUAAUUUAUGAUACGGCGUUGCAGAAAAUAAGGUUAAAGGUAUCAGAACGUGGCCUUCCAUGCGACCGGUCAUUCUCCUGCUGUGCUCUGCCAUCGAUCGGUGUCUCAAUGCAAUGCUCCACUGGCUUUCCCCACUGCUUUUAUUGUCAUACUUCCUCCCUUACUUGCCGUUCUCUAGUUGUUGAUUUAAAAAAUGGAGAAAUGGGGUGAAAACAGGAAGACGGAGCUGGUGACUUUUGAAAUGAGCGGUCACCUCUGCUGGCUUAGCAGGUAAAACCCUACAUGGAGGCUGCCUUUCUUGCAAGUGGUAUGUGAAACACAGAGGAGUUCAGAACCUUCUACGUGUAGGAAAGAUUGAGCUCUUGAAGUGUAUUGCUACCCCCUCCUCUCAUGUCUUUCUUUUUAAACGCCGCUGCUUAACUUUCUGUCAAGGUAUAGCCCUCCUUCGGGGGAUCCUACAUGGCGUGUAGUCCAGGAGAGUUGAUCAUGUGACAUGGUCCAGCCUCUUCUGUGCUUGCCACUGAAAAGGUUCUAGUGUCAUUUUUAAUGUCAUCCCAGACAUGCUCUGUGCACGAUCCUAACCUCAUGAAGCAAAGACUUCAUCUCAGCUCAUCAGGGUCGAGGAAGACAGAACCAAGACAGGACCUCGGAUGUUUGCUCUAGCUGGCUGGUUCUGACGGUUUCAGACGCACCUCCCUCCAUUGGCCUCGCUCUCAUUCCUAUGCUCAUUAGAACCUCUAGAACAGGGGUUCCCAACCUAUGGGUCGCCAUUACAUUUCAAAAGGGUCACCAAGUGUCUCCCCAGGUGGCUCUGCCCUCCCUCCUCCCCCCCGUUUUUGAAUUGCCUUGGGUCACCAAGUCUUCCUGAAUUGUCAAAAUGGGUCCUUCUCUGGAAAAGGUUGGGAACCACCACUCUAGAGCCUUUGUUUAAAGUGCUGGAGGGGGGUUGUGGCUUCUCACAUUACCAUCUGGAUAGCCCAAGAGAGGCAAAAUACCCAAUUCGCUAACAUGUUUCACUUUCCCAACCCCCCGUGCCCAACACCCACCAAAUUAUUCUCAUUAUAUCAAGGGAAAUACAGCAAGAAACAAAGCACCUGGGUCAACCCUAAUUGUCAGGAAAUAAAUAUAGUUUACAGACAGGCCCUCUCCUGGCCUUUCAAAACAUGCUUAGGCCCUGGUCCUAUAUAUGGCCUGGGUUUUCCUCAGGGGUCUCUCAGUUAAGUGCUGAACAGGCCUGAUUAUGCCUCCUUUGGGACACCUGACAACCAAUCAUCCAGAGCAGCGUGCUCAGAGACAGCUGUCUCCGCCAAAUACACUUGCGAUGGGACACAAGUAGAGAUGGCAAAAAGCAUCUUACAAAACCCCAUAAAAGUGCACAUGGGACGAUGCUAAAGACUGCCUGAGAGCGAGGUAGCAGUAGACAGCUCAUGUAGUCACACAUAGGCUUAACAAUCCCAGUGGACAGUCAUUUGGUAAAUAAGCCUGGAAGAUGGGCUUGAUAAGAAAGAAUAUAAUGUAUCGGCCAAUACAAAUGUAUGAUGUGACUGACAGCGAACAGGCUUGUCUAACACACUUACAAACCCAACCUACGAAAAAGGAAAUGGGAUACUUCCAUUAUGGAAGACGCUUUCUGGGGCAUUUCAAAACCCUGACAGUAGAACCUCCGAGUUACCAACAGCAGAGCUGCGAACUGAUCAUCCACCACACACCUCACUUGGAACCGGGAGGACCCAAUCGGCCAGCAGCAGCCCAAACAAAGCAAAUACGGCGCAGUGCCGUGUGAAAUGUAAACGGCGGUAAGAGGAGCAGAGUUCCAGAGCUGUCCUAAGUCAAUGUUCCGCUGUAAACUUUCCAAGGAACCACCACAAUGAUUCGUUCAGACCUAGGGACAUUUCACAGGCGCAAACAACCUCCAUUCCGGAGGCGUUUGGAACUCUGGGGUCCUGCUGUCAUUGCCGCUUGUAAAAUUCUGCGUCACUGAAAGAGACUGAAAUACUUUGCAGAUACAUGGGUGGGUCCAGAGCAGGGUACGGAAAGGAAUGCCUGGUUAAAUCCACUGAAAUGUAUAGAAUUAAGCCAGAGAUCACCUUUGGGGGUUUACUAAGCAGCCUGUGAACUGGCUGUGGGAAAAUGCAGCUGUUAAAUAAAUUCCCAUCCCACACUGAUUUUUUAGAGGCCAAUAGAAAGUCCACAGAUUUCUCUGAUGGUUGAGAGUAUUGGUUGAGACGCUCUCUCAUACUUCCUGUCUUGGGAGGCAAGAUCUCAAACUUGCUUUCCUGCUGCCUGCCUGAUUCUUCAAAUCAUUUCUAGUAGUUUGCAUGAGGCAGGGGGAAAAAAGAAAAGUCAUAGAUGGAGAAGUUGAAAGUUUUUGUUUGUUUGUGUCUUUGCAUGCAGACUUCGGUCCACUGCUUGAAGUCUAAGCCUGUAUCUACACCGCCAGGAAUCAAACAGUCUCAUACGACAUUCAAGUGGCCAAUGCACAGCAUAAGUUUGGCUCACAGACAUGCCUAACUGGAAGGGUAGCAAUGUAGUUCAUGUCUCAAGCGAUGAGUUUUUGCUCUGACAAUAAAGUUCCGUGGAAUUGGCCUUAUUGGGGGGAGGGUUAAAGUGGAUGUUAGCGAAUAACCCUCUUUUGCUAACUGUCCCAGUGGCUGAUUUACAGUAAGUUUACAACCAGUAGGAUCAUUAAACAUGGGAGAGCCCUAAUGAUAUGCAGACAGAAUCUAACAAGUCACCAUAGUUCACAACCUAAGGUGCUUCUUGUGCAACUGUACAGCUUUACAAGCAACUCUGGGCAUCCUCAGUGGUAUUACUUGAAACAACAACUCAGUGAGAAAGUAGAACGACAUGUUACGAUUCGUGUUGUGAAACUGAAAAAGGUGGAAUGCACAAUUGCCAUCGGUAUUUGCAGGCUGUAACUGUUUGCAAAGAGCUGUGAAUGGCUUCCAAGGUUAGACCAGGGGUCAUGCUUACUAACCCUGUGUGUAAACUGUCUCAAAUGGGCAGGCUCAGGAUCAUAACCAUGAGGCAUCAUGAAGGAGCACAAGAUGGUUUUGUCUGCCUCUUAAAACAAAGUGGGCCAGAUGCGUAAGCGGUAUAACGCCAAUGACUUUAGCUGAGCCUCAAGCAUUUAUACCAGCUCAGGAUCUGGCCCAAUGACGUGGACACUUCCAAAGACAAAACCAGCCCCCCGUCUCCAAAGUAUUUCUUUUUAUUCAGUGAGACUGGGUUAGUAAAACCAAAGUGUUCUGUGUAAAAUGGGCACCUUAACAGCUAGAGGGAGUCCAGAUCCAGACUUUCCCAAAAAUGCAAGUUGAUUUGAAUUAGGAGCGAGGCUCAGCCUAUUGUCAAGACUGCAGAAUUAGGCCCUGGAGUUAGUUUUUGGUUCAGGUCCAUGUUUAUUGGAAAUAAAUAAAUAGGACGUAGGUGGAUGUAUGGAACAACUAAAGUAGUUCAGAUGACUCACUUGUGCAAUGAGAUGGGGAUAUCUGCAUGUAAAUCUUCUACAGUGAGUAAAGAGCUCAUGAAAGAGUUGUGAGGGAACUCCCCCUCCCAAAUACAGUGAGACUUUAAAUACUAUUAUACCUUUCCUUUCAAAUAGUGUAUGUGUCAUGCAGAUUCCUUGGGCUUUAAUGGUUUCAGGUGCGCUCUCAGUUCUUUGAUCAGAAAUCCAAUUUCAAAUGGUGAUUUCUUUCUAGGCUUUCUGCAAUGCUGAACAGUAAUAUUCUGAGAUGGUCACAUAGGAGGUCUUCUCCUCCCUCGUUACCCAAACAUAUGACUCUAACCCACACUAAUGGGUGCUGCAUGUUCUUUCCUGGGAACAUUGGGAAGGGGAGGGGAUUUCUGCAAUCUAAAAUCAUGUCUGGUUUUUCAAGCAAUUCCUAUUUUUAUAGAGCAUCCAAACACCCAAAACUGAAACCAGCAUCCAAAAUAAUCUCUUUUUGGGAACUGGUAGAAUAAGUCCCACCUCUCUAGGGUCUAGGGGCUGGUAUCCAAGGGUACGUCUACUCAGAAGCAGUUAUUUCGACAUAAUGUUGAAAUAUUGUUGAGCUAGAGGACUGCUUAUUCCGACUCCUCAUUGUACAAGGAGUAAGGGAAGACGGAGAAAGAGUGCUCUAUUUUGAAAUAAGUGCUGGUAGACGUUCCCAAAUUAGCGCAGCGCAAGGUGCAUAGCUUAUAUCGAGAUUAGCCCUGCAGUGUAGACGUACCCCAAGUGUGCACCUGAUUACAAAGCUGGUCCUGAAAACUGAUAGCACCUUUACUUGUAGCUGGUUCCCCCCUUCUUUCCUGGUCCCUAAAAUCAAUAGGAAAGAGGGGCCAGAUCCCUGGAGUUCAGGGGCUGUUCUUUGCAGCCAUCCUCAUGUUCUGAGAAGAUGACCUAUAAUUCAUGUUGCCAACUUCCAGCCAAGUCACAACCUCAUGAUAUAACGACAUCUCAGAACACUGAAAUCACUGUCUGAAGGAGCAAGCCAGAGCUCUGCAUAUUUGCUACAGCUGGCUGUUUGCAGUGACUUCAGACAGGCCAAUGGGCUGACACGUAACUUGAAUUCCCACCAAAAGAUGGUUAGAUCUUCUAGCCUCGACUGUAGGCUUCUAACAUUCUUCUUCAUAGGUUAGAGCACAAUGCCAAAGUCACUAACACAUCCUUACUUGUGUCUUCCCUGACACUCCCCACAUUACUGACAGAAAUCAACAUACAUACAGCCAGGAGAAAAAUAUCAGCUCCAACUUAUUUGCUGCAACCUAAAAUAAGUUUGCAGAGAGUGGAUCAAGUGGUAGGUGUAGCCCAAACUAUUGUGGCUUGAGGCCCAUGCAAGAGAAAUGCAGUUAGCUCUACACGCCAAAGAGGUUGCUUUGUGACUAUCAUGGUUGGCAUGUUUCAGUGAUAGCUGUGUUAGUCUGUGUCUGCAAAAACAACGAGCAGUCCUGUGGCAUCUAUGGGUAUGUCUACAC